AUGAUCCUAGCUCCGAAGGCAAUGAGAGCAGCCAACGACGAGAAAAAAGCAACCCAAAUUUGCAUCGAGGCAAUUGAUAUGGACACAGACAAAUACCGUUUGGGCCAUACGAAGGUCUUCUUCCGAGCCGGAGUGCUGGGACACCUUGAAGAACUUCGAGAUGACAAAGUGGCUCAAAUCAUCACUUGGAUGCAAUCCUGGGUUCGAGGCUACCUCACUCGAAUGGAAUACAAGAAACUUCAGGACCAGAGGGUUGCAUUGCAAGUGGUCCAGAGGAACCUCCGCAAGUAUAUGCAACUCCGAACCUGGCCUUGGUGGAGAUUGUGGCAGAAAGUCAAACCUAUGCUCAACGUCACCAGGAUUGAGGAUGAGAUGAGGGCCCUGGAGGAGAAGGCGACCAAGGCCCAAGAGGCUUUCGAAAAGGAAGAAAAGGCCAGGAAAGAGUUGGAAGACAAGCUGGCCAAGAUUCUCGCGGAGAAAAAUGACCUCCAAUCACAAUUGGAGAACGAGAGGGGAUCUGGCGUCGACUUCCAAGACAGAAUCAACAAACUCAUGGCCCAGAAAGCCGACCUCGAAUCGCAACUUUCCGACACCCAAGAGAGACUCCAGAACGAGGAAGAUUCUCGCAACAACCUCUUCCAAGGGAAGAAGAAGCUGGAACAGGAGAUGUCAGGUCUGAAGAAGGAUAUUGAAGACCUGGAACUCUCUCUCCAGAAGGCAGAACAAGAUAAGGCAACAAAAGAUCACCAGAUCAGAAACCUCAAUGAUGAGAUCGCCCAUCAGGAUGAACUAAUUAACAAGAUCAACAAGGAGAAGAAGCUCCUCCAAGAAACGAACCAGAAAACUGCAGAGGAUCUCCAAGCCCAGGAAGAUAAGGUCAAUCAUCUGAACAAAGUGAAGUCGAAACUCGAACAGACUCUGGACGAACUCGAGGACUCCCUCGAACGCGAAAAGAAACUUAGGGCGGACAUCGAGAAGACGAAGAGGAAGAUUGAGGGUGACCUGAAGCUGACCCAGGAAGCAGUGGCAGACUUGGAAAGGAACAAGAAGGAACUGGAACAGACGAUCCAGAGGAAGGACAAGGAGAUCUCCUCCCUCACUGCAAAACUCGAAGAUGAACAGUCCCUCGUCGCCAAGCUCCAGAAGCAGAUCAAGGAGCUCCAGACGAGAAUCGAGGAGCUGGAAGAGGAAUUGGAGGCUGAGAGGCAGGCUAGGGCCAAGGCAGAGAAGCAGAGAGCAGACCUCGCCAGGGAGUUGGAGGAACUCGGGGAACGACUCGAGGAAGCCGGAGGUGCGACCGCGGCUCAGAUCGAGCUGAACAAGAAGCGAGAGGCAGAAUUGGCAAAGCUGAGGAGGGACCUGGAAGAGGCGAACAUUCAGCAUGAAUCCACGCUUGCAAGCCUUAGGAAGAAGCACAAUGAUGCCGUCUCUGAAAUGGGCGAUCAAAUUGACCAACUCAACAAGAUGAAGGCCAAGGCAGAGAAAGACAGGCAACAGAUGAGUGGAGAGCUGAACGAUAUGAGAGCAGCCAUGGACCACUUGAGUGGCGAGAAGGCCUCACAGGAAAAGAUGAACAAGCAGCUCCAGCAGCAGGUGAACGACUUGCAAAUGCGCGUGGACGAGGCUAACAGGAGCCUCAACGACUUCGACUCAGCCAAGAAGAAGUUGACAUUGGAGAAUGCAGACCUCACCAGACAAUUGGAGGAAGCAGAAUCUCAAGUCGGACAACUGUCCAAACUCAAAAUCUCUCUUGCCACCCAGCUCGAGGAUACCAAGCGCAUGGCCGAUGAAGAAGCUAGAGAAAGGGCCACUCUGCUGGGCAAGUUCAGGAACAUCGAACACGACUUGGACAGCAUGCGGGAACAGAUAGAAGAAGAAGCAGAGGCGAAGGCUGACUUCCAGAGGCAAUUGUCCAAGGCCAAUGCCGAAGCUCAGAUGUGGCGGGCCAAGUACGAGAGCGAAGGUGUGGCACGAGCUGAGGAACUCGAGGAGGCCAAGAGAAAGCUGCAAGCUCGAUUGGGCGAGGCUGAAGAGACCAUUGAGCAGCUGAAUGCGAAAUGCGUGGCCCUGGAGAAGAUCAGGCAGAAGUUGGGUGGGGAAGUGGAAGACAUGCAAAUGCAAGUGGAACAGGCCCAGGCUCUGGCUGCUGCCAUGGAGAAGAAGCAGAAGAACUUCGACAAGAUCGUCGGGGAAUGGAAGAUGAAAGUGGACGACCUCACCGUGGAACUGGAUGCUUCCCAGAAGGAAUGCCGCAACUAUUCCACUGAGCUCUUCCGCAUCAAGGCUGGCUAUGACGAGAGCCAGGAACAACUUGAAUCAGUUAAGAGGGAGAACAAGAACCUCGCCGAUGAGAUCAAGGACUUGAUGGAUCAGAUGACGGAUUCUGGAAGAAACCUUCACGAGAUCGAGAAGGCAAGGAAGAGACUGGAAGUGGAAAAGGAGGAACUCCAGGCGGCAUUGGAAGAAGCCGAGGCAGCAUUGGAACAAGAGGAAAACAAAGUCCUCAGGGGACAACUGGAACUCAGCCAGGUCCGCCAGGAAAUCGACAGGAGAAUCCAAGAGAAGGAGGAAGAAUUCGAAAACACAAGGAAGAACCACCAGAGGGCAAUCGAUUCGAUGCAGGCAAGCUUGGAAGCCGAGGCCAAGGGCAAGGCAGAGGCUCUUCGCAUGAAGAAGAAACUGGAACAGGACAUCAACGAGCUGGAGAUCGCCCUCGACCAUGCCAACAAGGCCAAUGCCGAGGCUCAGAAGAACAUCAAGAAGUACCAGACCCAGAUCAAGGAUCUGCAGACUCUGUUGGAGGAAGAAGGCCGCAUCCGAGAGGACCUCCGAGAACAGCUUGGUAUCUCCGAGAGGAAAGCCAAUGCCUUGCACGCGGAACUGGAGGAAAGCCGCACACUGCUGGAACAGGCAGACCGAGGCCGAAAGCAGGCGGAAACCGAACUGGCCGAGGCUCACGAUCACCUCAACGAACUCAGCGCCCAGCAUGCUUCCAUGUCCAUGGCUAAGAGGAAGCUGGAGGGAGAACUCCAGGCCCUUCAUGCUGACUUGGACGAGAUGCUGAACGAAGCCAAGAACAGCGAGGAGAAGGCUAAGCGCGCCAUGGUGGAUGCCGCUCGUCUGGCCGACGAGCUCAGGGCGGAACAGGAGCAUGCAAGCCAGCAAGAGAAGAUGAGGAAGGCUCUGGAACAGCAGGUGAAGGAGCUGCAGGUCCGCGUGGAUGAGGCCGAGGCAGCUGCUCUCAAGGGCGGUCGCAAGACUAUCCAGAAACUCGAAGAAAGGGUCAGGGCCUUGGAGAGCGAGCUGGACGGUGAACAGAGACGACAUGCCGAAGCUCAGAAGAACCUCCGCAAAUCCGAACGCCGAAUCAAGGAACUCACCUUCCAGGCUGACGAGGACAGGAAGAACCACGAACGCAUGCAGGACCUCGUGGACAAACUGCAGCAAAAGAUCAAGACCUACAAGAGGCAGAUCGAGGAGGCCGAAGAGAUCGCCGCCCUCAACCUGGCUAAAUUCCGCAAGGCUCAGCAGGAGCUUGAGGAAUCCGAAGAGAGGGUAGACUUGGCCGAGACGGCUCUGUCCAAGCUACGCGCUCGGGGACGCGCGGGAUCUGCCACCAGGGUCUCUCCUGGACCUUCUGGACCGAGCAAGAGUCGAGCUAGAAGAGUGGAACCAGCCAUGGAUUAAAUUCUAUUUCCGCCCCUAUCUCUUUCUUCAUGCUGUAAUUAUUUCGCAUCGACGACUCGCCAUCACAAGAAGAUGACAUCAGACUCGACCUACAUGCGAACGAUGGAAUAUCGUGCCGAAGCAGAGCAAUGAACUCACUCACUCACUCUCCUUCUCCUAUCUCUCUCUCUCUCAUAUGCCGAACUGGCCGGAUGGGAAUUCAUGCUCAGUGAUUUUGAGAACAUUUCUUGUCGGCACUGGAUUUCAUUGACAAGCUCCUCGCUCUCUCUUAUUUAUCCUCUGCUUUUCUCCCUCCCUUGGUGAUGGUGACGAUCAUUUUCUCUUUCCUUAUUUCUGUCUCUCUCUCUUCUGUCUCCACGUGUUUGUGCUGUGUUCGAUUGACUGCAUGGACCUAGCCCUCUAGCACGGAAGUAAAGAUCAUAUUCUGAUCCCCUCUCAAGCGACCCUGUUCUUCUUCUGAUAAAAUAGUCUUUUUUUCUGGGGGUGUAUACUAUCAAAUUUUCAUUCCAAACGCGACAGCAGACUUGAAAAUUAUUUAAAAGAACGGCAAGAAGGAGCUGUCAAACGAUGAGUGUCAACUAGUCAUUCUGGAGUGUUUCUUCUGCCAUAUCUGACUACCUAAUGAGCAGAGGAAUGCUUCAUUAUUAUACUUUUUCCCUCCGUUGUGUUUUUUCCCCUUCUCAUUUUCGAUAGUCUCUCUCUCCCCCUCAUUUUCCUCUUCACCUUUCUUCCCUGAUUCAUGUCCUGUACAUGUCCUCAGCUGAAUUAUUGGUGCUGUAAUUGCUCCUUGGUUGUAUUCAUCAUUAUUAUCUCACUGAAUACCAUGUGUAUGAGAAGCAAUAAACCUGUUGGGCUGGGA